AUGGGGUUGCUAGAUUCUUCAAAUCCAUCAUUGACACAGUUCUUCUCAUCAGCAAAGGUGCAGAGCAUCCACAAGAAUAUGGCAGCUUCUGAGGCUGUCAAAAAGGAUGAGCAGGCUCAUAAGAAGAAUGUCAAGUUGCAACACACUAUUCUUAGAGAACAGAAGGAAGCAGAUAUCAUGAAGCAGAGAAUGGAGCAGGAGACUGCUCACCAGGCUGCAAAGCAGUAA